AUGGGGCAACCAUCUGUGCCACCUCUUCCAUCGCUGUCCCCGCCACUACAGCCUCCACAGUCUCCCCCACCUGAAGAAGUCAAUGAGGUAGCCAUGGAAGUGGAGCGAGACGAAGAUGAGGGUGGCAUUGUGGUAGAAACAUUUACAGACUAUCGCCCUCCGAAAUUAUCUAUUGGUCGUCCCCAUCCAGAUCCUGUUGUGGAGACAUCUUCCUUAUCUGCAGUGCAGCCACCUGAACCAACUUAUGAUCUUAAGAUCAUAGAUGACCUGGAAAGUUCAGAAGCAUUGUCAUGCUUGCAGAUUGAAACAUUGGUUUAUGCUUGUCAGAGACAUCUCCAGCAGCUACCAAGUGGUGCCAGGGCGGGAUUUUUUAUUGGAGAUGGAGCUGGUGUGGGCAAAGGACGAACAAUUGCAGGGCUAAUCUUGGAGAACUGGCACCAUGGGAGGAGGAAAGCAUUGUGGAUUUCUGUUGGGUCAGACUUGAAAUUUGAUGCAAGAAGGGACUUGGAUGAUGUGGGUGCAUUGUACAUUGAAGUUUCAGUCAUAGACAGAGAGAGGAAAGCCGCAAAGCAGGAGGAGGAAGAAAAGGAAUCUAGAAUGCAGAUAAAGGUGGUAGAUGAACCAGUGCAUGCUUUGAACAAGCUGCCUUAUUCUAGGCUUGAUACAAAGUCUGUUGGCAUUAGAGAGGGAGUCGUUUUUUUGACAUACAGCUGCCUCAUAGCAUCUUCAGAGAAAGGUCGGUCCCGUUUGCAACAGCUUGUGCAGUGGUGUGGACCAAAAUAUGAUGGUCUUGUUAUAUUUGAUGAGUGUCAUAAAGCCAAAAAUUUGAUCCCUGAAGCCGGAGGGAAACCAACGCGGACGGGCGAAGCAGUUCUUGAGAUUCAGGCUCGACUUCCUGAAGCCCGUGUAGUUUAUUGUUCAGCAACUGGUGCAUCAGAACCACGGAAUAUGGGUUAUAUGGUUCGCCUUGGUCUUUGGGGGGAUGGAACAUGCUUCCUUAAUUUCCGUGAUUUUUUAGGAGCUCUAGAGAAAGGGGGUGUUGGAGCUCUAGAGCUUGUUGCCAUGGACAUGAAAGCAAGAGGGAUGUAUGUAUGCCGUACGUUGAGUUACAAAGGGGCAGAGUUUCAAGUUAUUGAAGUGCCACUAGAUGCCAAAAUGAUGGAUAUGUAUAACAAGGCAGCACAAUUUUGGGUGGAGUUGAGAGUAGAGUUGCUAGCAGCAAGUGCACUUUUCACAGACAAUAAGCCCAAUUCUGGCCUGCUUUGGAGGUUAUACUGGGCAAACCAACAGCGGUUCUUUAGGCACAUGUGCAUGUCAGCUAAGGUACCUGCGAUUGUAAGACUGGCUAAGCAAGCAUUAAUGGAGAGUAAAUGUGUGGUUAUUGGCCUACAGAGUACUGGAGAGGCUCAGACUGAGGAAGCUGUGACAAAAUAUGGUCUUGAACUUGAUGGUUUUAUUUCGGGACCUCGUGAGCUGUUGUUGAAAUUUGUUGAAGAAAAUUAUCCACUGCCCCAAAAGCCUCGAUUGCUCCCAGAGGAAAGUGUAAAGGAGUUCCAACGAAAGAGGCACUCUGCACUGCCUGGGUCCUUUAGAGGGAGAGUUAGGAAAGUUGCAAAACAUGAAGCUACGAGUGAUGAUGAAAGUGAAAAAGAAUCUGAAUCUGAUUCUGAACCUGAUUCUACUGAAUGGAAAGCUGAGAGUGAUGAUGGAAGUGGCGAAGAAUCUGAAUCUGAUUCCGAACCUGAAUAUACUGAAUCUGAUGAUGAGUUGCAGAUCUGUGACCUUUGCAAUACAGAAGAGCUUGUCCAUUCUACAUGUUUAGUGCCACCUGUUAUAGAUGCUGUAUCUGGGGAAAUGACCUGUCAUUCAUGCAAGGGAAAACCAGAUGAAUAUCUUCAAGCAAGACAUGCUGAUGUUGCAGAACUAUUAAAGAGGUAUGAAGGAUCCAUUGAGCGUAAGUCAAAAAUGUUAGACAUAAUUCGUUCUUUGGAGCUUCCAAACAAUCCACUGGAUGAUAUUAUCGACCAGCUUGGAGGACCUGAUCAUGUUGCAGAAAUUACUGGGAGGCGAGGCAUGCUUGUUAGGACCUCUGGCGGGAAAAGUGUCACUUAUCAGGCACGCAACACAAAGGAUGUAACCAUGGAAAUGGUCAAUAUGCAUGAGAAGCAGCUCUUCAUGGAUGGUAAGAAGCUGGUUGCGGUCAUUUCUGAAGCGGGAUCAUCUGGAGUUUCUUUGCAGGCAGACAGAAGGGCAUUAAAUCAGAAAAGAAGGGUUCAUUUAACUCUAGAACUACCUUGGAGUGCUGACCGAGCGAUUCAACAGUUCGGAAGAACUCACCGGUCAAACCAAGCUUCUGCACCUGAGUAUAGGCUACUGUUUACAAAUCUUGGUGGAGAACGCCGUUUUGCAUCCAGUGUUGCGAAGAGAUUAGAGUCUCUUGGAGCCUUAACACAGGGAGACCGUCGGGCUGGACCAUCUCUGAGUGCUUAUAAUUAUGAUAGUGCUUAUGGAAAGAGGGCCCUGAUGAUGAUGUACAGAGGAAUCAUGGAGCAGGAUUCUCUACCAGUUGUGCCACCAGGAUGUUCAUCCGAAAAACCAGAUACAAUACAUGAUUUUAUUGUCAUGGAGAAAGCUGCUCUAGUUUCUGUUGGAAUAGUCAGGGAAAAAAUUCUGGGUAAUGGGAAGGACUCGGGAAUAUUUUCUUACCGCAUAGUUGAUUCAGAUUUGCAUGAUGUUGGACGAUUCCUCAAUCGGCUCUUAGGGCUUCCACCUGUGACCCAAAACAGGCUUUUUGAGUUAUUUGUCAGCAUUCUUGACCUUCUCAUUCAGAAGGCACGCAUUGAAGGGCAUUUUGACUCGGGGAUUGUUGAUAUUAGAGCUAACACCAUUGAAUUACAGGGAACUCCGAAGGCUGUUCAUGUUGACCAUAUGUCUGGGGCAUCCACUGUACUGUUUACCUUCACGUUGGAUCGCGGGAUCACAUGGGAGUCUGCAUCUGUGUUGCUUGAUGAGAAGCAAAGGGAUGUGCCUGCGUUGACCAAUAAUGGAUUCUACGAAUCUAAGAGGGAAUGGAUGGGAAGACGGCACUUCAUUUUAGCUUUUGAAGGAUCUGCAUCUGGAUUCUACAAGAUCUUCCGGCCUGCUGUUGGGGAGGGAGUUAGGGAGAUGCCUUUAGCUGAACUGAAAGGCAAGUACAAAAAAGUUUCAUCCCUAAAGAAGGCUUCUCGUGGUUGGGAAGUUGAGUACAAGGUUUCAUCCAAACAGUGCAUGCACGGCCCCAAUUGCAAGCUUCGUAACUUCUGUACGGUUGGAAGAAGACUACAAGAGGUAAACGUGCUGGGUGGCCUUAUCCUUCCUAUUUGGGGUACUAUAGCGAAGGCCCUCUCCAAGCAGAAUUGUUUGGGUCAUAUUUUCUUUGGUGCAUAUGGAGUAUCAAUCAGUUCCUCAUUGUUUGCCAUUGGUGGUGUUAAUUCUCAUUUUGCUACUGAUCAAAGAGAGAAGCUGUGAAUUAGAAAUCAACAAUUGGUGUCAGAUGUUCUCUCAAUCAAACAAACCAUCCAUAUUUUCUGUAAACUAAAAAUUUAUUCGGUCCUAACUAUAAGUUUUUUGAUUUUAUAAGAACUCAUCAAAUACUCGAUCAAGAAAUAGGAAAAAAACUUGAAACCUCAUAAAUUUUCUUCAAUAUUUUGUGUUGGAUUUGUGUCGUGUGGAAAAUUGCAACCGAUACAAAUAGGUUCCUCAUUGUUUGCCAUUGGUGGUGUUAAUUCUCAUUUUGCUAUUGAUCAAAGAGAGAAG